GAGGUGAGAUACUCUUGGCCGGCCGGAGGUAAAAGUCCACGAAAGUUCGAAACGUCAACUUAAUUGCUGUGAUUUUUACGGGAGUUACUGAAUUCGGGAUUGUCGAUUUCGGAAGGAUGAGAUCGCAGAUGCCAACAUGAUUAGAAUCAAACAAGAAGAUGAUACGAACUUGAUCAUGAUUAAGCAAGAAGAUGAUACUGACAUGAUCAGGAUCAAGGAAGUUGAUAAUACAGACAUAAUAAGGAUUAAGCAAGAAGAUGAUACAAACAUCAGGAUCAAGGAAGUUGUUAAUCCAGACAUAAUCAUGAUUAAGCAAGGAGAUGAAGCGAACAUGAUCAGGAUUAAGGAGGAUGAUAAUACAGACAUAAUAAGGAUUAAGCAAGAAGAUGAUACAGACAUCAGGAUCAAGGAAGUUGAUAAUACAGACACAAUCAUGAUUAAGCAAGAAGAUGAUCCACACAUGAUCAGGAUUAAGCAAGAAGAUGAUACAGACAUGAUCAUGAUAAAGCAAGAAGUGCCGGAAGGGGAGGAGGAGAAAGAAGAGGAGGAGAUAUAUCAUUUCACAGAUGAAGGUUGGAUGGAUGAGAGAAGAGAUGUGCAGGAUGAGACACACACUGCUGGUUUCACAGAUGAAGGAUGGAUGGAGGAGAAAGAAGACGAGGAGGGACAGAAGGAGGCACACUUUGACGGUUUAGCAGAUGGAUGGAUGUCCGAUGAUAGAGGGAAAAUCAAGGCAGUAACAGAUGAUUCAACUUGUCAACCUGGAACAAGUUGUGUUGGAGUUUGGAAGGAUUCAGAACAACCCUCACUAAAAGAUGGUGCUGAAUAUGAUCAGGAGGCAAUAGAACAAGGAGGUGACGCUAAUGCUGUACAAGAUUCCAUAGAACAGGGUAUAUCCAGCGACGGUAUCAAGAAAGCCGAUCUAAACGUACAUUCUGGAGGAAAGAUGCGCCGGUUUUGUGGAAAGAUAUGCCACGACAGUUAUUCAGUUCCUGACCUGAAUGAAGAAAGACCGUUCAAGAAAAGUGAUAUGACCAGGCAUAUCAGCAUACAUACUAAAGAAAAGCUAUACGAAUGUUCACAAUGUAACAAAGGAUUUUCUGAUAAAACUAAUUUAAUCAUCCAUCAGCGCACACACAGUGGGGAAAAGCCAUUCGAAUGCUCACAGUGCAAGAAGAGAUUUAGCCAAGAAAGUGUUUUGAAUCGCCAUCUGCAAAUACACACAGGAGAAAAGCCGUAUGAAUGUUCGAUCUGUAGGAAGAAGUUUUCCGUAAAAUGUAAUCUGACUAGCCAUCUCCAAAGACACACGGGAGAAAAGCCAUUCGAAUGUCCACACUGUGAUAAGAGAUUUUCCACCAAAGUGUAUCUGACUCAACACAUCCGAACACAUACGGGAGAAAGGCCAUACGAAUGUUCACACUGCAUGAAAAGAUUUGCUCAGCAAAGCAUCCUUUCCCGUCAUCUCCGAACACAUACAGGGGUCAAGCCAUAUGAAUGUUCAUACUGUAUGAAAAGAUUUUCUCAACAUAGUAUUCUAACCUGUCACAUCCGAACACACACAGGAGAAAAGCCAUUUGAAUGUCCGCACUGCAAUAAAAGAUACUCAGCCCAAGGAGAUUACGCUAAUGAUGUACAGGACUCCAUAGAACAAGGUAUAUCCAACAACAGCAGCAUGAAAGCUGGUCUAAAUAUUCAUUCUGGAGGAAAGAUGCGCCAGUUUUGUGGAAAGAUAUGCUAUGACAGUUAUUCAGUUCCUGACCUGAAUGAAGAAAGUCUGUUUGAAUGUUCAGAAUAUGAUGCUGGUGAUGCACAGGCCUCCAUAGAACAAGGUAUAUCCAACGACAGUAGCAACAAAUCUCAAGGGAAUAUGCAUUCCGGAGGAAAGCAGCAUCAGUGUCUUGAAGCAAAUUGUCAGGGCAGGUUGAGAUCUAGUCCAGAAGGAAAUAAAUUUUUAAAUUGUAUGAUGCGGCAGUAUUCUUGUAGAUAUGAUCUCCAACCGCGGACAGAAGAAAGGACAUAUAAAUGUUCGCAAUGUCAGAAGGGAUUUCAUCGACAGUGUGAUUUAAACCGUCAUCUUAAAAUACACACCAGAGAAAAAUCAUACGAGUGUUCAGAAUGUAUGAAAAGAUUCUCCCAAAAGAGUACUCUGACCCGUCACCUCAGGAUACACACAGGAGAAAAAUCCUAUGAAUGUUGCUUUUGUAAAAAAGGACACUAUCGGCAAUGUGAUUUGAAGCGUCAUCUUCUUACACACACAGGAGAAAAGCCAUGCAAAUGCCCACUCUGUGAGAAAAGAUUUUCACUGAAAAAUCAGCUAAAGCUUCACCUCUUAACUCACGAGGGACGUAAGCCAUAUCAAUGUUCCUAUUGUGAAUUGGCGUACUAUCGGCAAAGCCAUUUGAAACGUCAUCUUCUGACCCAUACAGGAGAAAAGCCGUUUGAAUGCUCACAAUGUUUGCAAAGAUUUUCUCAAAAAAGGUCCUGGACUCGUCACCUCAGAAUACACACGGGAGAAAUGCCUGAAAAACCAUUUGAAUGUUCUCACUGUAAUAAGAGAUUUCUUGAUAAAAGUAAUUUAAGUAAUCAUGUUAGAACACACACAGGAGAAAAGCCGUUUGAGUGCUCACACUGCACCAAGCGAUUUUCUCGAAAAAGUUAUCUGACUGACCAUCUUAGAACGCAUACAAAAAGAAAAACCAUACGAAUGCCCACACUGUAAAAAGUUGUUUUCUCAGAAAAGUAAUCUUAAUCAUCAUCUCCUAAUACACACAGGAGAAAAGCCAUAUGAAUGUUCACACUGU